GAGGCGGGAGGGGGUUGGGGGAGGGAAGGGGGGCCGGGACCUGCCGAAAAUCCCAUCUGUCCGCCCUCCGUCCCAAGUGUUUCAGCCUACUCAUUUCUCUGUCCCUACCAUCGAUCGUCUCUUGUAUUUUGCAUUCUUCCUCCCCGGUAUGUGAUGUGCUUCGGCCGCCGUUGCCACCGACUCGUUCUCUCCUGCCACUGGGGACUCGCCAGCUUGAGUUCCUGAAAACCAAGUCCCCAAGUCAGCGUAGAUCCAGUUUUUUCCCCAAGAAACUCUUCUCCCCACCCCUCCUUCCAUGACGGACUGAACUGCAGGUGAUCAUCUCCGAGGUUGUGCUGGAAGUUAACUUUGCUCUUUGUUAAAGACGCAGGUAAUUAGUUGGGUUCUGUUCCGGAACCACUCCUGACAUGAUGAGCGGGCCCUACAGCUCCUCUACGAAUUUGUCAACAGUGUCCUGAACAGCUCCCGUGCGAAGAUAUUUAACUGAAAGGUCAACCAAAGAAAGACACUCUGCAGAUGGAAUGAUAUGCUCCUUAAUUCAAAGUGGAGUACCAGAAACUAGAUAUGGAUAAGAAAAAGGACAAGAUAGAUGAUAAACCGGUGGCACGCCCUAGUGGUCGAAUAGGACAUCACCCUCGAGGGAUGGGAUCUACGAGUUCCAGCGUUUUGAUGGUAGGACCAAACUUCCGAGUGGGCAAAAAGAUUGGAUGCGGCAAUUUUGGAGAACUGCGGCUAGGCCUACCCCAGUUUACAACCACCCCGGGGAUACAACCAGUAUUGUUUGAUGCCUUACCCCAUGCAUGUGCUCGACCGGCUCCAACAUUCCGGCCGAGCGCUACAGGGAAAAAUCUGUACACAAAUGAAUACGUGGCAAUUAAACUGGAAGCGAUGAAAUCCAGAGCCCCUCAGCUGCAUUUGGAAUACAGAUUCUAUAAGCAGUUAGGAUGUGCAGAUGGUAUACCUCAGGUAUACUAUUUUGGACCUUGUGGCAAAUACAACGCCAUGGUGCUGGAACUACUGGGGCCUAGUUUGGAGGAUUUGUUUGAUUUGUGCGACAGAACGUUCUCUCUUAAAACGGUUCUCAUGAUAGCCAUUCAGUUGAUUUCUCGUAUGGAAUACGCCCACUCAAGAAACUUGAUAUUCAGAGAUGUCAAACCGGAGAACUUCCUGAUAGGUAGACCAGGAAGCAAAGCUCAGCAUAUUAUCCAUAUAAUAGAUUUUGGUUUGGCAAAGGAGUAUGUCGAUCCAGAGACGAAGAAGCACAUACCAUACCGAGAACACAAGAGCCUUACUGGGACUGCUAGAUACAUGAGUAUAAACACGCACUUGGGUAAAGAACAAAGUAGAAGAGAUGAUUUGGAAGCUUUAGGUCACAUGUUCAUGUAUUUUCUGCGAGGCAGCCUUCCUUGGCAAGGUUUGAAGGCUGAAACCCUGAAGGAAAGAUAUCAGAAAAUUGGAGACACCAAACGAUCCACACCCAUUGACAUCUUAUGCGAAAGCUUUCCAGAUGAAAUGGCUAUAUACCUGCGUUAUGUAAGAAGACUGGACUUUUUUGAAAAACCGGACUAUGACUACUUGAGAAAGCUCUUUACAGAUUUGUUCGAACGGAAAGGGUACAUAUUUGAUUAUGAGUAUGACUGGAUGGACAAACAAAUGGCGGCAGACCACAGGGCAGCCUGGGACUCUCAGCAGGGCAAUCCCCAUCAUUUGAGAGCUCACCUAGCAACUGACAGACAUGGUGGCUCGGUACAGGUUGUAAGUGUGACAAAUGGCGAACUUAAUACAGAUGAUCCCACUGCAGGCCGUUCCAAUGCCCCUAUUACAGCCCCUGCAGAAAUUGAAGUCCUGGAAGAAAGCAAAAUGCUGACUGAGGGAUUGGACAACAAAUCUAUGCCAGGAGCUGUGGGGGUCCAGGGAGAGGACUUCUCCAUAGCACCUGGUGUGCCAGCUCAUGGUCAUGGUCACAAGGAAGAGGCAACAAAGAGACAGCAGGAGCCAGAGGCUCUAGGUGCUGCUGUUUUCACAAGCGAAGAAAAAGGAAAGCCAUUCAACGCCGCAAAUAAAUCUGCGAGCAGACAGACCUUCGGGAAUUACUUAAAUAUUCAGCCGCUGCCUCGUGAUUAAAAUCAUCUCUGUAGUGACCAUAAUUGUUAGCAAGGGCACCCUCUUAAUGGAAGAAAAAGAAACAAAGACAUCAUUGCCUCCCUGCAUCA